GAAUCCGUGUCUAUCACCUUCCACACAUUAUGUCUGCCAGACCUUGUGCUUUUUUCAACAGACCUGGGGGCUGUCGAUACGGGAACAACUGUCGAUUUCUGCAUCCCAAUUCGCCCUCUGGCAGCCCUGGAUCUCGCCCAGUCACAAAAUCUCCAUCGCCAUCAGGGUCGUCUCAGAGUGUCCCUUCGGGUGUAUGCGCCUUUUUUUGGAAGAGCGGAAAUUGCAACAGAGGAUUCCAGUGUCGCUACAAGCAUGAGCGCCAUGCUUCCGCUGACUCGUCCAGUACCGCGUCGAGCACGGAGGAUGACCCUCGGACUGCUAUCGCCUCCCACGGUGGCUUAGCACGACUGGCUGAUUCUGCCACCGACGCCCUGUUCUCAGCUGUAGAGAAGAAAAAGAGUCCCUCAGAAGUCCAUACUGCACUCAGACGCUUUUUUUUCGACAACUAUCAAUUUCGCAAUGUUCUCGACAUGUAUGCAUUCGUAAGCCUGCUUAGUGAAGCUACUUCAAACAAUGCCACUUGGACCUCAGAAGAUGGUCAGCUUCUGCUCUCGGCCAUCGCUAGGGACAACGGUCUGACUCGUAUUAACGAUAUUCUCACUUGGACAAACGUGUCGAUUAGAGCUGGAAGUGGACAUGCAAUUCUUUCCUUUCAGCGUGGAUACAUUCCGCUGUUGCAGUAUCUCUCGUCCGAUUUUGUCGUCAAGAGCGCAUUAAGCCACCUGACAAAUGCGCUGUAUAUGAUUGUCAUGGAGAAUCUCGAAAACUUCACUCAUCACGUACGAUCGUGUAUGGAUGAGAUCAUGCGCCUCAAGUCAUUCUCCGAUCCGAACAUGCUGUUUUCCUCUACGAUGCGAACAUUAAGCGGUAGUCAAGUGUUUGGUUCCCUGGCUACAGUACUGCUACAAUGUCUCACACGUAUCAAGAAUGCAGUUGCUACGUACUCUCAAUUACGACCCAUGGUUUUAGCUCUCCACGCGUGGCUUACAGAGUGGAUCGCAGACGUCUCGGCAGCAAGCACAUCUUUCAAAGACCCAAUUACUUCAACGACUGCUCAAGCUAGAGAGCUGAUAUGCCGACAUCUCAAUGACAUGGUUGUUAAACUAGUAUCCAUCGCUGAUCGCGAGCACAAGAAGUCCCAACCACGUGAACAGCAAAACAAAGAUUUUCUAUCUGUAUCCUCUGGCGAGGGCACCUUAGCCGCUCUCCACAAUAGCUACGUGGGUCCUGGAUCACUUCGACUGGAAGGGCCUCGUCAUGACAACGAUUUCAUCGAUAUUAACGAGAUUCGUCUUGCACCUACUCACGCCGAAUUGACCUCUCAUAUUCCCCCUUACCUUCCUGCAAAUAUAUACGGAGCACCUCACCCUCAUCCAUCAGACAGUAUGGAACGUCUCUUAGAUAUCCAAUUCAGGCUACUUAGGGAAGAGCUCACUGCUUCAUUGAGAGCUUCCGUCCAACAUGUUUUGGAUGAUUUGAGUUCGAAGCAACGGAAGACUCAACUAGAUGAAAUCUUCAAGAAACGUGGAGGGAAGUACCGUGGCCAAUCUAGUGAUCGCGAUACUGUCAUGUUCAAUGUUUAUACCAAUCUCGAAUUCUCCGCCAUUGGUCCCGAUCGCAAUGGUCUAUCUGUCUCAUCCACUAUCGAUAGUCCUCCAGGCCGCGCUCGCUCUACACAAACAAGGGCCAGAGUGCAAUUUUGGGAGAGCAUGGGGUCCAAGCGGCUGCUUCCUGGCGGCUUGGUCGCACUUGUCUGGAAGCGGGAUAACGGAGUUCAUGUUCACUUAGGGAUCAUCGCCAGUUCGUUACGCGAUCACACAGAAUCUGCGAGGCAGAACUCUGAGCGAAUCUCGGUUCGAAUUGGUUUUUUCGAUCCUGCUGUUGAACUCCGUAUUCUUCAAGAGCUCCAGCGUCCCAUCUCCGAACGUCGCGGCAUGAAACUUCUGAUAGAGGCCACCGUGAUGUUCGAAUCCGUCCGCCCCUUCCUCGAGGCACUUCGAGUUGAACCGACUUCCAUACCGUUUGGCAAGUACCUUGUUCACCGGCCCCCUGGAGAACUCAGGACGAUGCGUACGGAUCCGCCAGCGUACGCAAGAGUACCUGGUUAUACGUUUGAGCUUGCGUCGCUGUGCUCUUCCGAGACUGGCAUUGAGUCGUUGAAAUUGUACCCUUCUGAUCCUGAUUCUAUCGAAAAUGCGCGCAUGACCCUCCGUAAAGAUAGUCGCUUAGACCCCAGUCAGGCUGAUGCCUUAGUCAACGCAUUAACUCAUGAGGUUGCAUUAAUCCAAGGACCACCCGGAACCGGGAAGAGUUACACAGGCGUCGAGUUUCUGCGGGUCGCACUGGCAAACAAGGCUGGCCCGAUCUUGAUGAUCGCGUUCACCAACCAUGCCUUAGACCAUAUGCUUACAUCCGUGUUGGAUGCGAAGAUCACUACACGGAUUGUUCGUUUGGGGUCGAGGUCUUCAGAUGAACGCAUCUCCCAGUUCUCGAUAGAGAAGCUGGAGGAGAUUGCAGGAAGAUCACGGCUUGCUGGAGCCUUUUCUUCCAAUUAUCGGGAGCUCAAGCAAAUUGAGGAGGAGAUCAAGAAGUUUAUGAAUCAGUGCCUGAAGCCAUCAGUGGAUUCAGAGAGGAUCGUGAGAUAUCUGGCAACGAGUCUGCCAGAAUUCCAUGAAGGAUUCCUCGAACCACCUCCGUGGGUCGUGAACCUCCAUAUGUCGAAUGUACGGGACAACAGAGGGUUCACAACUGUAGGUGCACGGGGUCAACGGUUCGAAGCAGACGAUUCGCUGUAUUCCUUCUGGUUGAACGGCUUGGACCUCGAAUUCCUGUAUCACGCGCAUAAUCCACCUACCCCUGUGAUUCAGCCCUCUCCGAUUCCUGCCCAGGCUCCUGCUACUGAACAAAGCACGAAUAUGUUUGCUCCCAUUGCGUCAAUGCCAGAACUAGAUCCAUCGGAUGACACGUCGCCCCUGGAUUCUGCAUCUGGUACGGACAGCGAAUCGGACAGCGUAUCUAAUAUUUUGGAUGAUUUGCAGCCUGAAGAAGCCUGGCAGAUGUCUUCAGCGUACGAUCUUGUAGAGGAAGACUCCGAAAAUGACAAACCCUCAGCGCCCAAGUUGGCUCCAUCAGCCCCGCUUGCGCCACCUUCACCAUCACCCACUGAAUCUAUCACAGAUUCAAUCGAGUCUUUAGGCAUCGCCCAUUUCUUCGAGAAUUUCGGAUAUACUCGGAUUCCACUUUUACCCUCUUCUAACCAUUCUUUAGACAACCUUCUGCUCAGAGACGAUAUCUGGAGCAUGUCACUCUCGGAACGUCGCAGGAUUCACGAGCAUUGGGUUGUAGAAGUUCGCCUUUUUGAUCAAGAGAGCAAUAUUCAAGAGUUUGAACGACUUCGCACCAGACAUGCAGAUGCCCUCGAACGGUACAGCGAAGGCAGGGCUGCCGCGCGUUCUGAAGUCUUGCGUAACGUGGAUAUUAUUGGGUGCACGACGACCGGUGCGGCGAAACUGACUCCAUUACUCAAGGCGGUUGGUCCUCGCAUUAUGUUGGUGGAGGAAGCGGGCCAAGUCCUUGAAGCCCACGUUCUAGGAAGUCUCGUGCCAUCCAUUCAACACCUAAUUCUCAUUGGAGAUCCUCUUCAGCUACGACCGACUAUCAACAAUUACGGUCUAUCUAUGGAUCACAAGCGGGGUGGAAUGAUCUAUAAGUUUGACAUGUCACUUAUGGAGCGACUAGCAACAUCUGGGCUACCUAUGUCUCAAAUCGAUGUGCAACGCCGCAUGAGACCAUCUGUCGCAAAUCUCGUACGAAAGACAUUAUACCCGAAGCUGCAAGACCACGAAGUUGUCAAGAACUACCCUCCUGUGCGAGGCAUGGCCAAGAGCGUCUUUUUCCUUUCACACUCACACCGAGAAAAUGGAGGCGAAGAUGAAUCUGUGAGCAAAUAUAACCAGUUCGAAGUUGACAUGGCUGUAGAUCUGGUCAUGCACCUCCUUAGGCAAGGACCUUAUUCAUCUGAGGGCGAUAUCGUCGUCCUAUGUGGGUACCUAGGCCAACUUGCUCGAAUGCGGGACGCAUUCGCUGACAAGGUAGCUGUGGUCAUCGACGAACGAGAUCAAGUCGAAUUGGCCGAUCGAGAAGCUGAGAAGGACGACUAUGACAUUGAGACGUCGUUGGUGCCUGUGGUCGAUCGUGUAAAGGUUACACGACGUGUCUUGCUUCGUACUAUAGAUAAUUUCCAGGGAGAAGAGGCCAAGAUCGUCAUCCUAUCUCUGGUAAGGAACUCGGGAGGAUCAGAUGAAGACGACAUUGCGGGCAGUUCUAACACUACCCGAGCGAAUAUCGGUUUCUUAAAGUCAGAGAAUCGUACGAAUGUUGCACUGUCUAGAGCCCGAGAGGGGCUUUAUAUUAUGGGGAAUGCGGCUAACCUUGCCGCUCGAAGUAAGAUGUGGGAAUCCGUACUGACGGAGCUGGAGAAGGAAGACUGUGUUGGUGAUGCCCUACCCAUUGUCUGCCAGCAACACGGAGACGUCACUCAAUAUGUUUCAAAACCUGGGCAGCUCCCUAGGAUUGCUCCUGAUGGUGGCUGUUUGCGGCAAUGUGAUGCGCGACUCAAAUGUGGACAUCUCUGUCCCUAUAAGUGUCAUUCAGAUGAUCCAAAACAUUCGGCAGUCGUAUGCGAUCAACGCUGCACCCGUUUAUGUCCUCGAGGUCAUCCAUGCACUAAAUCGUGUGCUGACGAAUGCGGCAAAUGCAACACACGGGUUUCCAACGUUGAGCUUCCUUGUGGUCAUACGAAGGCCAGUGUCCCAUGUUAUCAAUUGGACUUAUUGUCUGAUGUGGAAUGCGAUGUGAUGCUCACGAAACAACUUCCGGAUUGCGAGCACCAAGCCCGAAUGAAAUGUUCGGACGAUCCAUCACUUGUAAAUUGCACGAUAGUCUGUGAUGGUAUCAUGGCAUGUUGUGGUCGUAACUGUCAAGCCCGGUGCCAUCAGUGUCAAACGCUCAAUGUGCGGCAAGCUGGCAAUGCUGAACAACCCAACGGCGCUAUCGCCAGGACUUCACAUGCUCAGCACCGAUGUGAACGAAGACUCUACUGCGAGCAUCAAUGUGACCGGCCUUGUUCCGCUGAACACGAAUGUACUACUGUUUGCAAAGCGCCUUGUCGACAAGUCUGUCCUCACGCUCGGUGCAACCAAUACUGCUCAACUCCUUGCGCACCUUGCCAAGAACCAUGUACCUGGAAUUGUCCACAUUACUCCUGUCCUUUGCCUUGUGGAUCUAUCUGUGCUCGACUGCCCUGUGACGUUCGUUGCACGAAGAUUCUUCGUUGCGGACAUCGUUGCCCGUCAGUCUGUGGCGAAGAUUGCUCUAUCCAAAUAUGCCCAGCUUGCGCAUCGGAAGAUAGAAAAUCUGACAUCGUGGACCUCGUUUUACAACGUUCUCUCGAGUACAUUGACCCAGAUCAAGAGACUCUCGAUGAACUUCUCAUCACCAUACCGAGUUGCAAGCACGUCUUCACAGUCGAAACACUGGACGGACAUUGCGGUAUGUCUGCAUACUACCAACGCGAGGAUAUUGAUGGAAAAUGGCUUGGCUUGGAGGCGCCUCCUAUCGGCUUCCGAAAGCCUCCUACUUGUCCUACGUGUCGAUCAGUCAUCACGUCUCCAAGGUAUGGACGCAUCUUCAAAAGGGCGGACCUCGAUAUCCUAGAAAACAAUGUCGCUUUUCAUAUGUCACAGGCUCUUCAGGAAGUCAUCAGGAAGAUCUCGACAAUCACUACGACCACACUCGGAGGAAGAGUGAAAGAUGAAGCCAAGAAUCCAAAUCUGAAGAUAUCGUCUGCUAGAAUGCAGGAUGUGGGCAAGCGUCAAAAGGCGCAACGAUCUCUCCUUCGGGAGACACGUACCGUUCCACUUCCAUGGAAAGCGUUAGAUCCUUCUAAUGAAGAGCUACAUGACAUUGCAGCCGUUGAAACAAGAGCAUGGAGACAGGGUGUUAAUGUUCUCCUCAAUGCUUACCGGGAUGCAGCGUCUAUUGCGAACAUGCGCUCUUCGCACACGCAUGCAUGGGAGGCUUCGUUUUCGUACCUUUACCAGAAGGAAAUGGAUGCUAUUGCGCAAAAUCCUGCCAAUGCUCCGAGGAAUCCUCACGAAUAUGUCAUGCGUCUAGCGCGACUUGGAGUAGGGCAAGCCCCACCACGCGCAGACAGGCGAUUUCAUGUCGAAGCUUUCUGGACGACAAUCACGAUUCGACUCAAUCUUGUGGAAGCCACCGCUAAAUGGAUAGAAGCACUGACUUCACGCCAGAAGUUCCCGAAACAAAAUGGCCGACUCUGGGAGCUGUACACUAUUUUCAUUUUGAAAACGUGCGCUCAAGACGCGACAGUAGCAUUAAAGGUUGCUUCAGAAUCCGAAAGUCAUCGUCAGGUCAUCAAGACGACACUACUAAUCCUCCGUAUUGAGUUAGAGCAAUUCCGACUCAACGUGGAUAGUAUGCGCCGAAGCGGACAAUUCAGCGACCGCCGGUUAGAGUUGAGCGCAAGAGCCGACAAGAAGAAUGAAGAAGCUGAAGAGACCAUCCGAAAUGUGUCACAACAGUAUCUAAUGUCGGCCCGACGAACGGAGAAAGGAGAGGCUGAUUGGCUCCAUGAUAAUUUCACGAUUCCUUCAAACACAGUCGCAGAGGAAUGGGGAAAGCUUGCAAUAUCGCUGCGUCUGGGUACAUUCUACGAGCCUCUGUCCCUUGAGGAGAUGUCAGACAUCGUCAAAGGACUGAACUUCUCUCAUGCAGGACACUUUUACAAAUGUCCGAAUGGUCAUACCUUCGUAAUCACUGAGUGUGGUGGGGCAAAUCAAGUGUCACGUUGUCCAGAAUGCGGCGCUCAGAUUGGUGGAUCUGGUCAUAGACUUAUUGAGUCGAAUACUAGAGAUACCGAGUUCGAAACCUUAGCUGCUACGUACGGAGCUGCGAGGAACCCUUGGGCAAUCUGAUUUUCCACGGUGUAGCUUCUGAACUUGACCGUAAUUGUCAUCGAAUCACGCUUAUUCUGAACGUAUUCUGUGCUCUACUUACUGUAUAUCUUGCUGUUAUUGCCCUUUGUACUUCUGAGAUAUGUAUCAGCUUGAAUGGCGCG